GACUGUAUGGCUUGGAUUCACCUCUUUAGCUGGAAUCACAGGUUGUGCGACAAGCCCUGGGAAGGAUGAUGCCCUUCUACUGUAUUAGAUGAACAGGACAGCGAAGAACAACAGUAGUGGUAAAAUGAAGGCAAGGGCCCAGUGAGGAGCAACGUCCUGAUCGGGAAGGGAGAAGUGGCCACCCACAGCCACAGCCACAGCCACAGGCAGUGUUGUGACAACCUAGCUGAAUCCCAACUGAUCAGGGAUCAGGCCUGAAGGAGUGAAGGGUAGGCGUGAGCUGAGAUGUCUCUAAGACGAGCUGAGGGCAUCUCUAUCAUGCAGGCUCUGGCCAUGACUGUGGCAGAGAUUCCUGUGUUCCUCUACUCAACCUUUGGCCAGUCCAUCUUCUCUCAGCUGCGGCUCUCUCCAAGUCUGAAGAAGGUUCUGUUCGCCACGGCGCUGGGCAGCGUUGCCUUGGCGCUGACGGCCCACCACAUGAAGCGCCGUGGCAGGAAGAGGAAACAGCUGGGAUCCAAAGACGCCCAAAAGACGGUAGCGAUCCCGGAUCUGCUGCGCUCGGGGCGACCCACCUCCCUGAAGAGAGGGCCGUUGCCCGGGCGACAGAUUAUGAGCCCCAGCACACGCAGCCAGGACGCCGUGAGCAGCAUCUCCUCUCUGGCACCAAGCAAGCAUUCCAGUUCCUCACACAGCAUUGCUUCAAUGCGGGUGCCAACUUCUCCCAACCUUUCGCCCAGUCAGUCAAUGCCUUUGGAGGUGGCAGCUCUAGCAGAAGAGCCAGGAGUCAAUAUAGAGGAUGUCAAUGCAGAGAACCUUUACCUCAUUGGUAUGGAGUUGUUUGAGGAGGCUCUGCAGAAAUGGGAGUUGGCCUUGAACAUCCGGCAUCGAUCUCGCUCACGGAAUGACUCAUCUAGCAGUAGCAGCCUGGCCAUGCAGGGGGCAGCAAAGGCACUUCCAUCUCCACCAACAGCUGAUAUGCGGAACACGCAGUUUGCCCAGAAGCUCGAAACUCUGCUGCACAGAGCCUACAACCUGCAGGAGGAUUUUGGCUCCACCAUCCCUCCUGAAAGUCUGCUUGCUGAUCUGGAGAGUGAAGGAACACUGAUUUUGCCAAACUUUGAGAACACGAGUCGAUUACAUGAUGACGACGCCACAACAAUAGCAUCAGAUGAAUCCUUCUUCUCUGCUGCAGAGUGGUUCGAUUCUCUACAGGAAUGUGUGUAUCAGCCCCUGCGACCAGCUGCUCUGUAUGAGGAGGCUUUGGCACUAGUGCGUGAGGACCAGGUGGUCUGCAGGUCCCUUAGGACUGAAUUGUUGGAGUGCUACAGUGACCAUGACUUUCUGGCCAAACUGCACUGCAUCAGACAGGCGUUUGAGGUUCUCCUUGUUGAUGAGACUCAUCGCACGUUCUUCAUCGAGACGGGGAAACAGAUGAUCUCUGGACUCAUGGCCAAAGCCAACAAGAGUCCAAAGGCCUUCCUGGAAAACUAUGAGGAGAUGCUGCUGUACACCCAGAGGGAGGAGACCUGGCCCACUACCAAGAUGGAGUUGGAGGGGCGAGGGGUGGUGUGUAUGAACUUCUUUGACAUUGUUUUGGACUUCAUUUUGAUGGAUGCCUUUGAGGACCUUGAGAGCCCCCCUUCAUCUGUUGUCGCUGUCCUGAGGAACCGUUGGCUCUCGGAUAGCUUUAAAGAGACUGCGCUGUCCACUGCUUGUUGGUCCGUGCUGAAGGCUAAGAGGCGUUUACUGAUGGUCCCCGAUGGGUUUAUCUCUCACUUCUACUGUAUCUCGGAACACGUCAGUCCAGUUCUUGCUUUUGGGUUUCUGGGGCCCAGGCAGCACCUGAGUGAGGUGUGCAUCAUCUUCAAG